AUGAACCCAGGAUCGCAUACCCAGAUGUCUUCCGAACAUGUCCAGCAACAGCCUCAACCUUACCCUCUUCGGCAGAGCCACCAGGAGCUUGAGCAGAGAACUCAAGAAAUGCAGCGCACUUGGGAUGCCCAAUUCAAAGAUCGGACGGCCCUGGAAGUCGAACUCGAGAAGAGGGAGAAAGGGCUGCAGAAAAAAGAGCUAGACCUGGAAAAGGCUGCCCGGGACCUUGCAGCCAAGGCCGAGGGCGCGCCUCAGCCGCAGCAGCAGGCCCUUCAGAAUGGGACUUCUCAAGAAGACAACAACACCAUUCUGGAGGAGCCUUUCCGUCCGAUUCCGGCAUCUGAUAAUGCGGCAAGUGAAAGAAGGCAAAGUAUUUGA